UGUGGUGGAAAAUGAAGAAAAUGAGGUUGGAGAUGAGGUUGUUGGAGUGGAAGGUGGAGAUGAAGUUGGAGUUGGUGGAAAUGAGGAAGAAUAUGAGGUUGAUGUUGUUGAAGAAGAGGUUGGAGAAGAAGAUGGGGAUGCGGUUGGAAAUGAAGUGGAAUUUAAUGGGGAUAAUGAGGAGGAGGUGAGGACUUGAAAAAAAGGGUAAAGCUGAACUGAGCUUUGCUGUUUCUCUCCUUAGACUAAUGCAAAGGGUUGUUGCGAUGGCUCGUACAUUCGCUUGAACAGACUGAUGUGUUAUCAAAUACAUAAUCUG